CCGAAAGUUAAUUUUGUGACGAUAGAACUUUGGAACAGAUUCAUAUCGAAAUAAAAGAGAUUGGGUAGACAGAAGAUUCGUUCUCUUUAGAAGAUGGCCACCAUUACAACUAAAGCACAAGACGUUAUCCUGUGUCACCUCUGUGACAGGAGACCCGCCCUUCUUCACUGUAAUCCCUGUCAGGUCAACUUAUGUGAGGAAUGCGUCGGAAAACACUAUAUGACGUCAUCAUCCUCUAAUCACGAGAUUGUCAAAUACCGAGAGAGAAAAUUCCACCUUUCAUUUCCUAACUGUAAAGUCCAUGGUGACGAAAAGUGUACUGUUAAGUGCCAGAAUUGUGAUGUAGAAGUUUGCCUUAAAUGUCUCAGCGGAGCCCAUAAUGGUCACCGAAUUAUUGAUAUCAAGGACAUUGUUGAUGAAAAGAAAAAGCUUGUGGAGAAAGACUCAGCUUAUCUAAAAGACGAUAUCAUUCCAAAAUUUGAAAAAGCAGAUACAGAAAUAGAAUCCAAAUUAGCGGCUUUAAAUGCUAAAUGUGACGAAUUAGAACAAUCAGUCACAGUGCAUGGACAAAAAUGGCAGCGAUGCAUUGAAGAAAUCGUGGAGAAAAACAAGAAAGAUAUUGCAGAAAUGAGAGGAAAUGGCAUUAAGAAAUUAAAUGAAUACCAGAAGGAAAUAAAAAAUAAUCUUGCUAGUCUUAAUGAAAUUGACGUGCAGAACAGGAAGAUUUCUCAGUCCAUGGACGUUAGUCACAUCACAAAAUAUGAAAACAAUAUUCAGAAGUAUCUAAUGAUUCCCUUAAAAAUAGAUCUGGAACUACCGGUUUUCGUUUCCAAUGACAUAGAUAAAGAUCAACUUUACCAAGAUUUUGGAAAAUUAAUAGAUCCCAAAAUACAAACAGAUCCGAUCUGCGGAUCAGAUGUAUCCAAUAAGCUCCUAGACAAAGCUGUAGAGAUUGCAGCCUUCCAAACUGGAGUAACACCGUUGAAUAGGAUUGCUUGUCUAAAUACAGAGGAAGUGUGGGUAGCUGGUAGGAAUAUUAAAACAAUCACUCGUAUCAACAUACAAGGUUCUGUACAGGAGACCGUUACCUCUACUUGUCCAAAUCAUCCUAGUGACAUUUCAGUUUCAAAAGAAGGACAUCUGCUGUACACUGAUGCAGCAAAUCAAGUAAUUAAUGACGUCCAUCAGACAACAGCACAGAUCACAGCACCACACGGAUGGAAGCCAGGAGGACUGUGUUGUACAAAAUCGGGUGACUUACUGGUAAGUAUGCUCUCAUCUAACGAUGAACAUUAUAGAAUUGUCCGUUAUGAAGGUCAAGCAAUAAAGCAGGAGAUAGAGAUGGACGACCAAGGUCAACCAAUAUAUAAAGCAGGGAAAAGCUUGCUUUUUGUAACGGAAAACAACAACGGGGAUAUAUGUGCCUCUGAUUGCAAUGCUCAGGAUGUUGUGGUGGUCAAUAAGGCAGGAAAACUACGAUUCCGAUAUAAAGGACAGCUGACUAUGAAGAAUCAGCUUAAACCUACCAGUAUUGUCACAGACUCCGUGUGUCGGAUAAUAGUAAAAGAUAAUGGGAAUUCCUGUACCCACAUCAUUGAUCAGGACGGUCACUUUCUCCGUAGCCUGGAUUUCUGUGGAGCACUGAGUCUAGACACACUGGGACGACUGUGGGUGGGGGAGUUUGAGAGUGGAAAUGUAAAGGUCAUCAAAUAUAAGAAAUAA